AUGGUACCGCAGAUUGCAAUUUCGCUGGUGGAGCGAUUCACGGAUGUUCGCUUUAAUUGGACUACGAAGACGUUGCAGUCCUUCUUGGAGGUUGUUUACUGGAGCAGCGUCACAUGUGAGACCUACUCACUGUAUGGAGACGUGCAUUUUUCGUUGGAAGUCUGCACUUUCGUCGGUGCUAUGAUGUCGGUCUGCGACGAAGUUGUGCUGCAAUUCAAUGGCAAGGCAUCGACAGACGGUCAGGAGAUUUCUCUCAUUAAGAAUCUGGUGUUCGGGUACUUUGCUUUUGUAGUAAAAGCCGAGUUAUUCUCGCUUUGGCUACCAACGCGACGUGCAGGCUUGACACUGCAAUCGCGGUUUUUCGAAGUUAGUGUGAGUCUAAGCUCAGGACUUGAUCAUCUUGAAGACAUUGACAGGAAUCAGAUCGAAAAGAGCGAGUAUGGAUAUUGGGAAGAGCAAGUACUAGAUGAUCCAUUCAUGGUGCUGGCGUGUCGUUUGGUGAAAAUUCAACACGCACUCAAGUCAUUCGGGCAUGUAGUUGAGAUGGAGGCCAUGGAUGUGUACGAAAAUUUGGCGAGUAAAUAA